UUUUGGUAUUCUACUGUUUUCCUUAUAUUUUAGUAGUUUACAUUUUAUUUUUAAACAAUGUACCGGUUUAGUCUGUUGACGUGGAAAGAACGCCCAUGUCAACUGAAACCGACCCGAUUCAGGUAUAAAUCAAGUACGAUCGUCUCUCUCUUCUCUGCCCUAAUUUAUCAUCUGUCCCAGACGAAACCUUGUCUAAUUAUCCCUUCUAAGUUAUGUCAUCAGAUUCAGGUAUAAGCUCUCCUCUAUCUCUCUCUCACUGAAAAUAUAUGUAUUAUAGAUUUUCAUAUGUUUAUGCGUCAACUUAAAAAAGUUAAAACCUUACUCGCAGAUCACUGCACGCGUGUGUUCUGGGACGUGGUGGAUUUCCCGUUUCCUGAGGGUCUUGCUCCUGAAACGAUUUAUCACAGAAUGAAAUUAAUUCUUGAGAAGAUGGGUUGUAUUAACCAUUAUUUGUCAAUCAUGGCUUAUGUUAAUAAUUCGGAAAUCUUCCCGGAUAAAUCAGCCUAUGAGAAAGCCGGGAUUAACAUCGUUACUCAACGAGGUGAGUUAUUAAUCUCACCCCUCUCUAUCUAAUAAUAAUAACAAUGGUCUUUUGUUUAUGUCUUUGAUAAUAAUAAUAAUUCUACAUGGACGUUUCGUUUCAGAGAGGCAUCGUUUUAUGUUACGGGACAUUGCAUGGUGGGAAGUGGAUUCGACUUUCACCUCCAGUUUUCGUUUUAGAGGAAAAAAUAAGAUUACUUUUAUGGUAAUCUCAAGUCAGAUUGAAAAAGAAUAGAUUUUCCUCAAUUUUCUUGAAGACCUGGAAAGUGUAGGUUGCAAUGUUCACUUAGUAGUGCCUGACGAUAACUCCCCAUCACCUAAGUUGGUAGGUACUACUGUUAGCUUCAAAUGGCUUUACCACUGCCUGUUACAAACUGGAGACUUACAAGAUCCUAAGCGGAUGAAAAUGACAAGAGAGGCCGUCCCUCUAUAUUAUUCUCCCAUCCAAACCACCCUGCCCGACGAACCCAUUCCCCAGAUGCUUUGCCCAGGCAUACCUCCUUCCCGGAUGGAUGGGCUGAUGCUUUUACACAAUUCGGAAUCACCAUGAUUCCCCAACGGGCAGAUCCACAUGCUCGAGCUCAUAGAAUGUCAGUGGACAUUGUUUUGUGGGCAAUGGAUCAUCCUGCCACCUAUUUUCAGCCAAGAGAUUUGUUUGUUUUCUCUGACAAUGUCAAAGUAGGAACGGAUUUCUACAAUGCUCUUGAAGCUUUGGGUGAUAGAUAUUACAAUGUUCGUGUAUUACCUCCACCAGAUCUCGACGUGAGUAUGCCUCACCAAAUAUUUUCAAACCACAUGCCAAGGAUCAGCAGAGAGGAGGCCAUUGGUUUUUCCAGUGGACUAGCUUCUUUGUAUAAUCAAGAUUUUGAUAUGUCCCAGAUACAUGUCUUCUGGGAUGUCCAGAGUUGCCCAACUGACAUAUCAAUUAUCCUCCCAGUUCUUCGCGAAAAGGGUUAUCAUGGCAGGGUGCUUCUCAGGCCUUACCUUCCAUAUCAAGGAGAUGAGCCGUUGUUGGGUUACAGGGAUGAUGGUUAUGCCCGUGUUCCCAGUAUCAAAGUCGAAGGGGAUUCAUACGCAGCAAUUGCUAGGAUGUUGUUGGACAUACUUUUCUGGGCAAUGAACCAUGAUGAUCUACCACAAAAUUUGAUAUUUAUCUCACAACCCUCAAAAGACAUCGACAUUGUUAUUCAAGCCUUGGAACGCAGAGGUUUCAAUAUCAUCUUUAAACCCACUGAUGAUGAGGUCGCCUCAUAUAGUCACAUACCAUCAAUGACCGCUUUGAGUCGGUUUGUAAAAGCCCACCAGACACUGCCAACCAGACCCUCCUAGAGUCACCGUGUCGGACGAUCACAGACCUGAGCCGGAAGCUGAAAAGGAGUCCGGUAAUCAUCUUCUGGUUGGUAGACAGUUGCCCAUCUAAUCCAUAUGAGUUUCGUAACAAAUUUAGCUCAACUCUUGAGGAUAAAGGUUAUGCUGAUUAUGAGUCAGUGACAGCCUAUGUUGAAGAGGGAAAGAAUUCUGAUGAGGUGGUCAAUGUCUGUAGGAAGUCGGGACUUCAGGUGAGCCUCUCACCUGAAGGCGAUGAGUUUGGGAAAUUCAGUUUGAUGCUAUUGGACAUGAUUAACUGGACACAAGCUUCUGGGGCACCCUUUAAUUUUUUGGUAAUCUCGAAACCCUUUAGAGAUGCCAUGUGCGACAGUGUCUUUAAAGAUGUUAAAAGCAGAGGAUUCAAUGUUCUCUUUGAGAUGGUUGAUUACAUGGUCACAUUUGGAAGCUCCCUAUGGUCUGCAAAAAGCAUAUUAGAUACAAGUUUCAGCUUCAGCUCACAAGAGCUUGCUUAAGUAACUGCUUUUGUUUUUAUGCUGAACCUUUUUUCUCUCUUUCCAUGCAAAAAAAACAGUAGUAUGCAUUGACAUUUCAGUUUUCCUUUUGGUUUGAUGAACUGUUGCUAAUGGAU